CAAACAGGCAUAGUACCUAAGGUCCGGUAGUUAAAAGAAUAUCGACCUAAACGUGACAAAAUUGACAUCGAUAGCUAAAGUGUUAAACUUAUCCGUUGCAAUUCGGUUCUUAGAGAGGUGUGUUAAAACGAAGAUUUUUUUGCUGGGCGUUUGAAAUCGGACACCGCUGGCGUUAACGUUUACUUCAUGCGGAGGGAUAUAGUUAGGGCUGACAAUGUGGAGGUUGUUAAGAUGUCUACUCGAAGGAUGAAAUGGUUUUAAAUGUAGCAACGAAAAGAGACGCCGAAGACUUGUAGAGUUUUUUGGAUGCAGCGAGGCUACAUUGUUUAAAUGACGUGGAUUGUCUAACGAAUCACGAGUAAAGGAGAAAGGAUACGACCGUCGUUCAGUCAUCCACUGCUUUUGAAGCGCUGGUGGGAAAUUCUCUUGAAGUUUUAUGUUUUUCCUAUAGGACAGUCAAUCUUUUUACUGUUGGAUGCCAGGCAUUUGAAAAGGGCUGUAGUGGCUGAGACCCAGUGGCACGAACAUGCAGCAGGAAAGGAUGGCUGCAGUGGGAACAGACAAGGAACUCAGCGACCUCCUGGAUUUCAGCGCGAUGUUUGCUCCCCCCGUGGCGAAUGGGAAGAACAACCCGACGACGUUAGGCCAGUUCGGAGGAACAGGUUUGGAUGAACGCAGUGGCUCCGGCUCGUGGGCUGCUGGAGAACAGACCAGCCCCUCCUUCAAUCACGGAAGGCAGACCUAUGGGGAUGGGUCUCAUUACAGUGUCCAUGAAGAGAUGACCCCUGCCCCCUUCCUGAGCCCGGGGAUUGGGGGUAAAAACGAACGAGGUCCCUACUCCUCCUUCGGUGCUCAGUCUGGGUUCUUGCCCUCUGACAUGGCCAUGCCGAGCCCGGACUCGCUCUCACCCUCUGGACUGAAGCCCGGCUCUCCCUUCUACUCUUCGUAUCCCGGCAACCCCAGACGGCGGGGCCCAGAGGUGAACAUGGACAACCAGCCGAAAAAGAUUCGGAAAGUUCCUCCAGGCUUGCCCUCUUCAGUCUACCCCUCCACCUCAGGGGAGGACUACAGCCGAGAGGGUGCGGGGUACCCCUCCUCUAAACCCGGAACAGUGUACCCCAGCUCCUUUUACAUGCAAGAGGGCAUGCACCCCCCCGCGGACCCGUGGGGCCAGCCCGGGUACGCGGCCAUGCUGGGGAACCCCUCCCUCAUCGGCCAGCCCGGAUCCUUCCCCUCCAUCAGCCCCCAGGACAGAAUGAAGCGGCAGCCGCUGGCCCUGUCUCCACAGACCUACCCCCUCCACGGCAACGAGGUGAACGGCAGCCUGUCGGCGGGCUUCCACCCCACCUCAGCGGGGUACGGCGUCUCCAACCACACGCCCCCCAUCAACGGAGCAGACGGCAUCAUGGCCAAUCGCGGCUCAACGGCUGGGAGUUCGGGAGAUGAAAUCGGAAAGGCCUUGGCUUCGAUCUAUCCCUCGGAUCAGAACAGCAGCACCUUCCCCUCAACCCCCUCCACUCCGGGGGGCUCCCCCCAGGGUAUUGCAGGAGCUGCUUCUCAGUGGCCCAGACCCUCCGGCCAGGCAGGCCUGUCCCCAAACUACGAGGGCAGGCUGCACUCUCUGCAGAACAAAAUGGAGGACCGUCUGGAGGAGGCUAUCCACGUGCUGCGCAGCCAUGCGGUGGGCCAGGUCCCGGGCAUGGCGGGAGCCGACGUGCACAGCCUGCUGAGCGCCGUGUCCUCGGUGCACAACGGCGGCCUGGGCGGGCUGGGACAGCCCUUCUCCAGCAGCGGCCUGCCCCUCAGCAACCGCCACACAUCCAUGGUGGGUAACCACCAUGAGGACUCUUCCAGCCUGUCCCCCAGCGGGGGGCUCCUGCACGGCCACGCCUCUGUCCCCACGCAGCCCAGCGCCCUGUCCGACCUCAACCGGCAGCCCGAGGGCUUCACCAGUGUGCCUGGGGGCAUAACCCGCUCCACACACUCCAGCAGCAGCGACAUCAAGAGAGAAGAGAAGGAGGACGAUGAGAACUCCAUCACGGACAAGUCCGAGGACGAGAAGAAAGAGGCGAAGGGGGCCCGCACCAGAACAAGAGAAGAGACGUUUUCCCUCAAGACUUUCUCAACCCCCUCAGACCAGGGAGCAGAUCAAGAUGAUGAGGACGAGGAGGAGCUGUCUGUGGAGGUGAAGGCGGAGCGGGAGAAAGAGCGGCGGGUGGCGAAUAACGCCCGCGAGCGGCUGCGGGUGCGAGACAUCAACGAGGCCUUUAAAGAGCUGGGCCGCAUGUGCCAGCUACACCUGAGCAAUGAGAAACCGCAGACCAAACUGCUCAUUCUGCACCAGGCCGUUAAUGUUAUUCUCAACCUGGAGCAACAAGUGCGAGAGCGCAACCUGAACCCCAAAGCGGCAUGCCUGAAGCGCAGGGAGGAGGAGAAGGUGUCCGGGGUGGUGGGGGACCCCCAGAUGCCCAUGUCAGGGGCCCACCCUGGCCUGGGGGGUGAAGGGCAUAACCCUGUCAGCCAUAUGUAACACCCAGGUCCUGUGGAAUCUCCUGGGCUCUCGGAAGACGUGGCCUUAAUAUUCUUCCAUCAUUCUUCUCUGUGUGUGCGCGCGACAAACAUGUCUGUGUACAUACAAGAGGCACACUCACUCACACACACACACACACACACACACGCACACGCACACGCGCAUGCACACACUGCCAAAACUGACACCGCCAGUCGGCCACAACCCUGACCAUGACUACCAGCGCAAAUGUGAAGUUUGCCAUUAUUUUUUAUACUUAUUUGCUUCCAUAACAAUAUGGAAUCUGGCAAGAGGAGCAAGCAAGACUUUUAACACUGCCGAGAGACAGACCUGAAAACACGGAGGUAGUGAAACCAGGAGGAAUACAUGUGCCUAUGGGUCACAUAAUUUCAUGUGUGUGUGCGCGAGAGACAAAUUUCAACAAAUUGCUUACAUUUUUGGAACAAAGUGUUUAUAGAAUUUUUCAUGUGAGCAAAUGAGAAUUUGCCUUUCUUUUGAAAGUAGUUUGUCAUUCCCAACUGAGAAAAAAGUGCAGUCUUAUAUUCAUUGCAGAAGGAAAGCAAGAACCUCCCCCAACAGGUAAUGGUGGAGUCUUACAUUCAUUACCUAAACAAGUCCCCCCUCCCCCAUUAGGUAAUGGUGUCGUUGUACAUUCAUUACAGAAAGAAAGCAAGCCCCACCCCUUUUAUUAGGUAAUGGCAACAGCAGGAGUUGAACCUGCCAGAGGGGAGGGGGGCAGGACUAGGGGUGCAGGCACAGAGCCAAACUCUUGAUGUUGAAUCCUAACAUGAUGUUCAGCUCCACAGACACACAGACAAAAAAUAUAUAUUUGGAGAUGUUUGUUUUCUUCAGUUCUCAUACGUGGAAGCCAGACACAGUGACUGAGAGUCUCCAAGGCAAAGAGGACUAAGUGCUGUUUUAAAGCACGCGUUUAAGUGAGUCCCCCCCGCCCCCCCCCCAGGACUCACCCCCUAUUCUCCUUGUCCUUUUACUUCGAGCUGAACAUUCAGGAACAGACAAAGACGUUCUGUGAACGUCCGUGGAUACCAACGGCCUUUCGACUUUUGGUCCACCCCUCCCCCUCCCCCACCCAUCACCCCGCUCUCCCACAGGAGCGGAGAGGGGCGCCUGAAGCCUGCACAGGGGUGCUUCAACUGUGUGUGUGUGUGUGUGCGUGUGUGUGUGC